GGGAUGAUGGGGAUUUUCUUUUAAAGGCCAUACGCGGGUCUUUGUAGAAAGGGAAUGGAGCGGCACAAAACGGGGCUGUGGCAGAGGAAGACCCCCACCGCUGCAACUCGUUUCUCGGGCUGAGGCGUCCUGCGGGGGCGAGUAGAAUGCCUCUGAGACGGUGCAGAGUGCCGCAGCAAACAGGAAAGGGCGCGCGAGAGCUGCCGUCGCCGGCAAUCACCUCUUUUACAGCAAUUACGGUAAAGGGGCCGGGUCGCAACCCCUUCAGAGAGAGAGCGGCAGGUGGGCGGGGCGCAAUGCCUGCCGGAAGUGACGCGAGAGGCAGGAAGACGCGUAUGUCCACUUGGAAGCGGCGAUGGAGCCGGCGGUGGCGGCAGCCAGCUAGCUGACCUUGCCCGGCUGGCCUCCCCUCGCCCUCCACGGCCGCCGUCAUGGCCAGCCCGCACCCUGACUCGGCCCCGGAGGAGAAUGGCUUGAAAAAGCAGACGAUCCGCGUGGGAACCCGGAAGAGCCAGCUGGCCCGCAUCCAGACCGACAGUGUGGUGCAGAUGCUGCAGGAACGCCACCCCCACCUCUGCUUUGAGAUCGUUGCCAUGUCGACCACUGGAGACAAGAUUCUGGACACGGCUCUGUCCAAGAUCGGAGAGAAAAGCCUCUUCACCAAGGAGCUGGAGCUCGCCCUGGAAAGGAAUGAGGUUGACUUGGUGGUUCACUCCCUGAAGGACCUGCCCACGUCGCUCCCUGCCGGCUUCACCAUCGGAGCCGUCUGCAAGAGAGAGAACCCCUGCGAUGCUGUCGUCUUCCACCCCAAACACACGGGGAAAACCCUCCGCAGCCUCCCUGACAAGAGCGUGGUUGGGACCAGCUCCCUGCGCCGGGCGGCUCAGCUGAAGAGGAAGUUCCCUCAGCUGCAGUUCAGGGACAUCAGGGGAAACUUGAACACGCGCUUGAAGAAGCUGGAGGAGAAGGAAGACUUCAGUGCCAUCGUCCUGGCUGCUGCGGGCCUGAGGCGGAUGGGCUGGGACGGCCGCAUUGGCCAGAUCCUGAGCCCAGCGGACUGCUUAUAUGCUGUCGGACAGGGUGCCUUGGCGGUGGAGGUGAGAGCCAAAGACCAGGCCGUCCUGGAGAUGGUGUCUGUCUUGCACGAUGAGGAGACGGUGCUGCGCUGCAUUGCUGAGAGGGCCUUCAUGAAGCGCUUGGAGGGCGGCUGCAGCGUCCCAGUAGCGGUGAGCACCCUGUUGAAGGACCUCCAGCUCUACUUGACUGGAGCAGUCUACAGCCUCGAUGGAUCAGAGAGUCUUCGGGAGACCAUGCAAGCAAGCAUGAGCUUCCCAAAUGAGAAUGAAGAUGGGCCUGAUGAUGACAUUCAGCACGUGGGCAUCACAGCCAAGACCAUCCCUCACCCAGCACAAGUGGCUGCAGAGAGGCUGGGCGUGGAGCUGGCGGAACUGCUGUUGAGCCAGGGGGCAAAGCAGAUCCUCAGUGUGGCCAGACAGAUGAACGAUGCCUGAGAGCGGCCUGGUCACCAUCGUCCUCUUCCCAAGAGAGGGCGCAACUCCUCAUAGGUCGCCACCACUGUUCACUGGGCCUGAAGGACAGGCUCUGGUCAGUCCCCAGACAAGGCCUGGACUCUGAAAAAAGGGAACUGCUCCAAGGACUCAACAGGGUUGUGUUGUGUGGAGUGCCUGUUUUCUUCUGCCUUACUGUGGUCAAAAUGGAUUAAAGAGAUACAAAGUGGAA